CCAACUUGCACACUUGGAUUCAGACGAGCCGUUCGACAACAGCUAAUCAUGGAUAACAGGGAUCUAUACCACUCCCCACUGGACAUGGCCUUGACCCUAUGUUCAGCUAUCUACCAGAUAGCUGUCAAUGCAAAGGCCAACAAGAGGAACUGCCAACAACUUGCCCAGAGAGUCAAAGUACUGGAGGGACUGGUUCUCACCUUCAAAAAAAAAGAGCAGGACGGAUUCUCUCCCACUGUGGAGAACGCUCUGAAGGACCUCUGCAGCACUCUGAAAUCUGCCAAGAAGCUGAUGAAGAAAUUAUCUCAAAAUAACGCUCUUCGGGGAUUGAUGAAGUCCGACAAAGAUGAGGACCACUUCUCCAAUGUAGACGAAAGGCUCAUUGAUAACUUCCAGGUACUGUCAGGAGUUUUUCUGAUUGACCAUGGGAACGACCCCAGCAGCAUGCCCCCCAUGGCAUAUAACACCACAACCACUAUGUCUCAACCCAUGAACAUGGCCCCCAUGGGGUAUAACCCCACAGCCUCUAUGCCUCAACCCAGCAGCAUGACCCCCAGGAUGUAUGACCCCACAGCCUCUAUGCCUCAACCCAUCAGCAUGACCCCCAUGAUGUAUGACCCCACAGCCUCUAUGCCUCAAUCCAGCAGCAUGCCCCCCAUGAUGUAUGACCCCACAGCCUCUAUGCGUCAACCCAGCAGCAUACCUCCCAUGAUGUACAACCCCACAGCCUCUAUGCCUCAACCCAGCGGCAUGCCCCCCUUCAUGUACAACACCACAGCCCCUAUGCCCCAACCCAGCAACAUGCCCACGUAUUCCCCAUUAACCCCUUAUCCUUCACAAAGCCCCAUGCCCACCAUGGCAAUGUCUAACUCCAUUCGCCCCCUGUCCUCUGUCCCUUUCCCCAAUUCCUCCAUGGGCAUGAUGGCCCCAAUGAGUCUUUCAACCCCAACUACAUCUGUACCAAACUAUGGUUUUUUACCCUAAAACAAGAAUAACACGCUGUAAAAAGUGAAAACAUUUUCUGUAAUGAGGACAAAAAGGGAUGGGCAGGAUCAUAGAAAUAGAAAAAGAUUAGAACAGAUAUUUCCUUACUACUUACAUCUAGACGCAAAUCAUCCACAUACUCUUGAACCCUGACAACAUGGGGAAGCACUUUUCUAUCGCCAGAAAAGCAAUUUGUGCGGCACAUUAUCUGUAACCAGUGUAGCAUUAAAGCAUGGUGGAAUUAGCAAGCUUGCUAGAUGACUAGCUUGUUAAUUCCACUAUGCUUUAGUGCUACACUGGUAGAGAAAAUGAGCAAAACAGCGGGCUGGUGGGCAGUAGUAGAGCUUAGUCUAACGGCCCCUCCGCCUCACUCAAUGUUGCUCCUGAGAAGGACAAGCUAACUAGCUAACUAGCUAGUCAUCCAUCUACGAAACAAUUUACGCUCUCUUCCCAUCAAUUUGCAAAAACACUUUUCGGCCCACUAGCAUGAGCAAAUGACAACAGAAAAACAGUUAAAUGUCCAUUCUACUCCUAUUACAUUCCUAUGGCCAAGAAAGCAAAAGUUCAAGAUUAAGUAUAAUUGACGUUGAAGGAUCAUUAAAUUCCAUAUAAAACUCCACCGAUCUUGAGGACUAUGCAUUAACAGUGACAUCAUAUAUCAGCAAAUGUGACCUUAACACCAACAUCAUGUGUGAGUCCAAGGAGCCGAGCACCUUUUAUGCUGAAAGGGUCAGCUGUGAAGUCUGCGUUGCCUCCCGAGGACCGGCCGCUCUCAGUAUCCACAGCGGAUGUGAGAAAAACCCUGAUGACAGUGAAAAUGAGUAAAGUUGCUGGACCUGAUAACAUGUCUGGUUGUUUACUAAGAACCCAGAGAGUGUUCCCACCUGCUUCAAGACAGCCACCAUUGUCCCUGUACCUAGAAUGUCUGCAGUAGUCUUAAUGACUACCAUCCUGUGGCACUCACCCCCAUUCUGAUCAAGUGCUUUGAGAAACUGGUUCUCCAGCACAUCAAAAACAACAUCCCAGCCACCAGUUUGCAUACAGAGCCAACAGAUCCAGAGAGGAUGCCGUCUCCACUGCACUCCACUAACCUCCACACACCUUGAAAAUAACACCUACAUCAAAAUGUUGUUUGUUGAUUUCAGCUCAGCCGUGAACACAAUCUCCCCCAUGAAACUGAUGAUAAAGUUAGCUACCUUAUCUAACUGGUUAUCAGACGUCCUCACAAACAGACCCCAGCACCUCCUCCCCUCUACUGCUGAAAACCGGAGUCCCCCAGGGUUGUGUGCUCAGCCCCUUCAUGUUCUAAUUAAUCCUCCAUCCUAAUAUAUAUUUUUGCGUGAUUUUCUUAUGUUAGAAAAUGGGACUGCAAAUUACAUUUUGUUUCAGAACCCUGUUGUACUAUGACAAUGAAUAACCUUGUAUCCUUUGUAACCUUGUGAUUGCUAUUAACUAACAAAACUAAGUUUAUUGCUGCUUUUGGAGAAGAUUUUCUUACUUCAUUCAAUAACCUGCAUGUUACAAAAUGUUUAUUUUUGUGUCACUACAUGUUUCUUACACUGUUCAGUAAAAGUUUACAUGGGUAUUUAUUCUGUUUGUAUUCAAUAUAUGCACUGUUCAUUAUUAUGAUUGUUAUUAUAACUAAGUGAGGCACUUUAUUGAUGUUUUUGUCAUGAAAAUACUAGUAUCCAUCUACAUAUUCAAUGGCUUAAAGGAUUUAUAUUACUUUAAAUGGUGGUGUGUAUACAACAUGUAAAUCAGUAUUAACUGAUGAUCAUGAUCUUUAUGUAUGGAGAACAAUAACUACAUGUUACAGAGAAUUUGUUUGUUAAUAAAGGAGCGAUCAGUAACUUCAGAACUUGAGUGUGGAGUGUUUUUGAUCUCUGGAUCACUGAUCAGUAAACACCCACAUUUCUUCAGCUUUAUAGCACAAUCUUGUGGUCAUUAGACUGAACAACACAGCUGUUAUUAUUGAUGAUGGACAUAGAUUACAUUCUGCACUACACAAGACCAGUCUCUCUGAGUCUCUGUCUCAGCAUCUGAUUUGGUUCCAUGUGGUGAAAUUAACCAGAUGUUAGUUCAUCUGAGAAAGUUCAACAAAUGUGUGAUGCUAAAACCAACAUGGAACAUGAAGUUUGGUGCUUCUGUUCCAACAGGUUAUAAGUUAAUGUGAACUUAAGCUGCUCUGAAAGUGAUCCACUGUCUGGUCAGCUCUGAAG